AGAGCGGAAUUGAUGCCGAAAUUACUCUGGCGAGGUCAUUAAUGGCGGAGGAUGGUAAAAUUAUUGCAUAUGCGCUGGUACUUCCAAUCAAAUCGUUUUUUCGCACAAUUGCCCUUUUGCUCCUCCGCUCCUCGUCAACACGACCCGUUCACCUCUACUUUAUUCCCGAUUUAAUUUUUAAUUAGUAUUGACAAUCAAUUAUUUAUCCUCUUGAUUGAUUCAACCAUUAUAUAGUGAAGAUAUACAAAACGUAUUUUAUUUAGUCCUUUGUGGAAGGGUUCAGUAUAACUGAACAAAUUUUGAAAAAUUCAUACUAAAAUAUAUGAAUAAAUGAGUCGAAGUUCGAAAUCUCGACGUGGUGGGGACGGAGAAGAACAAGAAGUAGCCGAACCUGAAGAUGGCAACAGGGAACAGCCAGAAAGUGUUGAACGAGACGAGGAAGAAUUGUCGGGCGACGAUGAUCUGACCAUGCAGGUCGGCAAAAUCGAUCCAGAAGAUGAUGAGGAUUAUGAGGAUCCAGAAGCGUCAAAAAAGAAAAAGAAAAUGAAGAGUAAACGAAAAAACAGGGGAGAGAAGUCUAAAAAGAAGAAAAAGAAAAAGAAAGCAUCCGAAAGUGGAGAAGAAGAAGAAUUUGGAGGUGUAAGCGUCGAAGAAGAAACAAACCCUGAAGAAUCAGACUACGGCACGGGGAAACGUAGUAAACGUAUUCGAACACCAAAAUCUGCACCAGAUACUCCACAACAGAGUCGAGUUGAAGGUCCCACAGCAGUGGAAGUAUGUGAAUCAUAUGGGUUGCAAGACGUGGAGAUAGACUAUAAUGAAGAAGAGUACCAGAAUAUAAAUUACAAGCAGUUUCAACAGUUAGUGCGACCAAUAAUUCAAAAAGAAAAUCCCAAGGUUCCAAUGCCCAAAGUAAUGAUUCUUGUUCAAGCAAAGUGGCGAGACUUUAGUAUAGAUUAUCCAGAAUUAGUUGAAGGAGCAGACGAAGAAAAAGGAAAACCUUCAAUCGUUGAAGAUGAAGAGAUUGAUGAUGAUGACGACGACAGCAAAUCAUCCUCCAGAAAAAGUAAUAGACGAAGUAGCAGGAAAGUACCAAAGUCGGUGACCCCAGCUUCCUCAUCCUCCUCCUCUGCGAAAAGUAAAACCAAAGUUCCUACAUUGAAAAUUAGAAUUGGAAAGCGAAAACGUGGUGGUUCGGUAUGUGGUGACGAAGAUGAAGCACCAAGUGUGUCUGACAAGGAUUCUGAUGCUGAAUUUGAACAAAUGCUUAAAGAAGCUGAAGAAGUUUCGAAAGAAGAAGAAGCGCCAAGUACCCCAGCGAGCGUCGGGCCCAGAAAAAAGGCUAAAACUAAAAUUGGGAAUAAAUAUAGGAAGAAAGGCAAAGGCAAAAAACCUGGUGCAGGCAAAAAUGAAGAUGAAGAGCAAGAGCAUCAAGAUUACUGUGAAGUCUGUCAACAAGGUGGAGAAAUUAUUCUCUGUGACACCUGUCCUCGAGCAUAUCAUCUUGUAUGUCUUGAACCCGAAUUGGAAGAGGCUCCAGAGGGUAGAUGGUCGUGUCCCCACUGUGAGGCCGAAGGAGGGAAAGAAGCGGAAGAGGACGAUGAACACAACGAGUUUUGUAGAAAAUGUAAAGACGGCGGAGAACUUCUUUGCUGUGACUCGUGUCCGUGGGCGUAUCACACUUUCUGCUUGAAUCCACCCCUAAAGGAGAUUCCAGAUGGUGAUUGGAGAUGUCCACGAUGUUCAUGUGAGCAAUUGCCUGGAAAAGUUGCAAAGAUCUUAACAUGGCGAUGGGUCGAAACAAAUGAAGAGCGAACCAAGUUUGCAUUAAUGUCCCCCGAAGAGCGAAAGUAUGCUCCUAAACCAACUCGCGAAUUUUUUGUUCUUUGGGCUGGUAUGUCGUACUGGCACUGCUCGUGGGUAACGGAAUUAGCCAUGGACGUUUUCCAUGCAACUCUGAUUAGAAGCUAUUUCAAGAAAGUUGAUUAUGACGAACCACCAAGAUUUGAAGAUGACGACAAUAUGCUGUCCAGAAGACGCAAGAAACCAGAUGCAGAAGUGGAUCCGUUGGACGAAAGAUUUUACAAAUAUGGCAUUCGCCCAGAAUGGCUACAAAUCCACAGAGUAUUAAACCACCGUACGCUUCGGGACGGAAUAAACCAAUACUUGGUGAAAUGGCGAGAACUGUCAUAUGAUCGAAUUUCAUGGGAAGAUGAAGACGAAGAAAUUCCUCAGUUUAAGAAACACGUCGAUAUUUAUUACGAAUUCCGUGCUGCGGCAACUGGCGAAGGUCGUAAAAAAGAUAAGAAGGGAAAGAAAGGGCGAGAGCUCGUGUACAAAUAUAUCAAUCCUUUCCCGGAUCGUGCUAAUAUGGAUUUAAAGAAAAAAUACGAGAAGCAACCUGGAUUUUUGUCAAGUGGACUAGCCCUUCAUGAGUAUCAGAUCGAAGGGCUAAAUUGGUUGCGCUAUUCCUGGGGUCAGGGUAUAGACACCAUCUUGGCCGAUGAGAUGGGUCUGGGUAAAACAAUCCAGACGAUCGUGUUUUUAUAUGCAUUGUUUAAAGAAGGACAUUGUCGAGGGCCAUUUUUAGUCAGCGCCCCUCUGUCUACGAUUAUCAAUUGGGAGCGAGAGUUCGAGACCUGGGCACCAGAUUUUUAUGUGGUCACAUACAGUGGAGACAAAGACUCCAGACAAGUGAUUCGAGAACAUGAAUUGUCCUAUGAUGAGGGAGCUGUUCGUGGAGGUCCCAAAGCUGGCAGACUGAAAGGGUCUGUAAAAUUUCAUGUGUUACUCACAUCUUACGAGUUGGUGUCCAUUGAUGCUGCAUGCUUGGGAUCGGUUGACUGGUCUGUACUUGUUGUCGACGAAGCUCAUCGAUUGAAAAAUAAUCAGUCGAAGUUUUUCCGAAUCCUCAACAACUACCCAAUCCAAUAUAAACUUUUGCUAACCGGAACUCCCCUGCAAAAUAACUUGGAAGAAUUGUUCCACUUGUUGAACUUUUUGUGCCCUGAAAAAUUUAACGAUCUCGCAGUAUUUCAAAAUGAAUUUGCCGAAAUUGAUAAGGAAGAUCAAGUGAAAAAGUUACAUGACAUGCUUGGACCUCACAUGUUGAGGCGUUUAAAGGCGGAUGUGCUAAAGAAUAUGCCAUCCAAGUCAGAAUUCAUUGUUCGUGUAGAACUUGCACCCAUGCAGAAAAAAUACUACAAAUACAUUUUAACUAGAAAUUUUGAAGCAUUGAAUAACAAGGCUGGAGGACAUCAGGUCACAUUAUUGAACGUCAUGAUGGAUUUGAAAAAGUGUUGCAACCAUCCAUACUUGUUUUCGGCGGCAAUGAUGGAAGCUCCAACUCUACCAAAUGGAAUGUUUGAAGUAAAUGCACUCGCUAAAGCGUCCGGAAAACUUGUUUUACUUCAAAAAAUGUUACGGAUUUUAAAAGGACAAGGACACAGAGUUCUUAUAUUCUCGCAAAUGACUAAAAUGUUGGACAUACUUGAAGAUUUCUUGGAUGGAGAACAAUACAAGUAUGAGCGCAUUGAUGGAGGCGUCACUGGGUCUCUGAGACAGGAAGCUAUUGAUCGUUUCAAUGCUCCUGGUGCCCAACAAUUUGUGUUCCUUCUAUCUACAAGAUCUGGAGGUCUAGGAAUUAACCUUGCUACUGCUGACACGGUGAUCAUCUACGACUCUGAUUGGAACCCUCAUAAUGAUAUCCAAGCUUUUUCAAGAGCGCAUCGAAUUGGUCAAUCAAAUAAAGUUAUGAUCUACCGGUUUGUUACGCGGAAUUCUGUUGAAGAGAGGGUGACACAGGUUGCUAAAAAGAAAAUGAUGUUGACCCAUUUGGUUGUUCGACCUGGAAUGGGAAAGGGUGGCAAUUUUUCGAAACAAGAAUUGGACGAUAUCAUUCGAUUUGGAACAGAAGAACUUUUCAAAGAUGAGGAAGGGAAAGAUGGCAAAGAUGAUGCCAUUCAUUAUACCGAUGAUGCGAUACGAGAUCUUCUUGACCGUUCAAAGGAAGGAAUUGAACAGAAAGAAAACUGGGCAAACGAAUAUUUGUCAUCUUUUAAAGUUGCUGCGUAUGCUGUGAAAGAAGGAGAAGAGGAGGAAGUCGAUACUGAAGUCAUCAAGCAGGAGGCUGAGAAUUCUGAUCCAGCGUACUGGGAAAAACUCCUGAGGCACCACUACGAACAGCAGCAAGAGGAUAUUGCACGAUCACUGGGUAAAGGCAAACGUGUUCGAAAGCAGGUUAAUUACAACGAUACAAAUGACGGGCGUGAAGAAACGAAUUGGCAAGAAAAUGUGUCAGAUUACAACUCUGACUUUUCUGCUCCAUCGGAUGAUGACAGAGAGGAUGACGAUUUUGAUGAGAAAAAUGACGCCGAGCCAGGUGGCCGAAGACGAAGACGUGGAAUGGAUAACCGAAGAGAGGAACGCGAUCGGCCUCUACCUCCACUAUUGGCCCGGGUGGGAGGGAAUAUUGAGGUCCUUGGAUUUAAUGCUCGUCAGCGCAAAGCUUUUCUUAAUGCUAUCAUGCGUUAUGGAAUGCCACCUCAAGACGCAUUCAACACUCAAUGGCUUGUGAGAGAUUUGCGGGGGAAGGCAGAAAAAUGUUUCAAGGCCUACGUGUCCUUGUUCAUGCGACAUCUCUGUGAACCUGGUGCUGACAACACCGAGACAUUUGCUGAUGGUGUUCCAAGGGAAGGACUUAGCCGACAACAUGUUCUCACUCGAAUCGGGGUUAUGGCUCUAAUUAGGAAAAAGGUUCAGGAAUUCGAACACAUAAAUGGACUUUACAGUAUGCCGGAAGUCAUUGAAAGGCUUCUAGCUAAACAAGCUGCGGAAGCAGCAGCACUUGCCGCAGAAGCAGCAGCUAUGCAAGAAGCAAAUAAAAUCGCAGCAGCCGCAGCUGCUGAAGACAACGAUAAAGAACAAAGUUCAUCAACCCUUGCGGAUGAAAAACAGCCAGAAGAUGCUAGUAGCGAGGACAAGGCAGACAAGCCUGAUGUCGAGAAAAAACCAUCAUCUGAGACGACGGUAUCUGCUGAAAAGAUGUUGAACGAUGAUGAUGAGGAAGAGGAAGAAAAGAAAUCUAAACAACAGCUCCUUAAAUCAGAAGAACCAAUGGAAAUUGACGAGAAACCUAAUACAGCAAUCGAUCUAGCUAUGUCAACGAAAAAAGAAAAGGAUGAUGACGAAUCAACGUCCACCACCAGUAGUAAUGAAGAAAAAGCUGUUGAAAAGACAGAAGGAACUGCUGAGACUAAAUCCAAAGUAAAAAAAGAGUCCAAGGAUGAGGCUAAAAAUAAUAAUAAGGAAGAUGGUAGCGAGAAGAAAGAAAAUGGAGAGAAAGAUGAGGUGAAGACUGAUGAGCCUGGUGGAAAGAAGAGAAAGUUCAUGUUCAACAUUGCUGAUGGAGGAUUCACUGAACUACAUACGUUGUGGCAAAAUGAAGAAAAAGCCGCUGUUCCUGGCCGUGAAUAUGAAAUCUGGCACCGACGACAUGACUACUGGCUCUUGGGUGGAGUUGUUAAUCAUGGGUAUGGCAGAUGGCAAGAUAUUCAAAAUGAUCCCCGCUACGCUAUCAUUAACGAGCCAUUCAAAAUGGACGUGGGAAAGGGAAACUUUCUCGAAAUAAAGAACAAGUUUCUUGCUCGGCGCUUUAAGUUGCUUGAACAAGCCUUGGUUAUUGAAGAACAACUCCGACGGGCAGCAUACUUGAAUCUAUCGCAAGAUACAAAUCACCCUGCGAUGGCUCUUAACUCUCGAUUUGCAGAAGUAGAAUGUUUGGCAGAAAGUCAUCAACACUUGGCCAAAGAAAGUUUAGCAGGAAACAAACCUGCUAAUGCAGUUUUGCACAAGGUGUUGAACCAAUUGGAAGAACUGUUGUCAGACAUGAAGUCAGAUGUUAGUAGAUUGCCAGCAACGUUAGCUCGAAUUCCUCCCGUUGCACAACGUUUGCAAAUGUCGGAGAGACAGAUUUUGUCUCGACUAGCAAGUACUUCAUCUAGUGGCUCCUCAUCAGCAUCUGCUACAGGGAGCAUCGGAUCACAAUUCCCAACCGGAUUUCAAGGUAGUUCUCUUGGUGGAACCAAUUUGUCAUCUUUCCGCCCACAGUUCACAUUACCAGGACAAGCCAACAUGGUUCCUCAAGCUGCAUUCCCUGGAACUGCUCAACCCCAAUAAUUGGGCAGUAGUAUUUCUAGUUUCUAAAUUUUUGACAUCACUCACUCAAGCCAUCACGAUACAAGCCUGUGCUUGCUGCUUCUACACAUGUUUUUUAUUUAAUGUAACGUCUACUUAUCUAUGUACGUGGUAUAUUUUGAAAGAUUUCAAAUAAUUAGCCAAUUGGUAGACUUGUGAAAUGUAUUGUUGGCUCUCGGUUAGGGUUAGUCACUUUUCUAUUUCGAAUAUUGUCUGAAUAACCCUCUCAUGUAAAGUGAUUACCGUAUUAUUAGCUGUCUAAAUUCGUACAAACAUGCUAAGUUUUAUUAAUGUAAUAUACAUAAAAAUUCACAUAGCUGUAUUAGAAUAUGUUGUGUAAACAAACGUCUGUUUUUAUAUUGUUUGGUGUCUAGUUUAAAAUAAUCCUCAGUGUAAAUGUAAAUGUUUUGAUUUCAAUCUAUUACUCUUGAAUUUUUAGUUUACAAACAAAUAAGUAAAUAAAUCACAUAAAGCAAACA